GGGGUCGAUAAGUGAAGUCACAGUUAAGCCUUUAAACAGUUGGAGUUGGACCAAAAAAAAUUAAGGAACAAAUUACGGACCCGUUACUUCAGAUAGCGUUUUCUAUCACGGCUUCACUGUAGCAAGCUUUGCUGAGAUCGUUUGGAACAAAAAGAGGAAACGCAAAAGCAGGUAGUGGCUGUUAUAGGUUUGCCUCCAAAUUCCAAACAAAUAGAGGGAGAGAGAGAAGCUGUGUCCAUACGACAGUGGAGGAGGGACGAUCACAGGUACCCUAACCCUAAAACAAAACCAAUCGAAAGAUGCCGGAGAAGAAGAAUAAGAAGAGGUACGAAUUCGAGUACUGCGUGGUUUGCAAGCUGAAUCACGACCAAGGCCCGAGCCACAAGUACAUACCGAGCCAUACCAAGUCCCUCUCUACCUUCCUCUCUCGGUUCCAGGACAAGCUCACCGACGUCCGCUUCUUUCUCAAAAACCCUACCCCUCUCCGCCCCGAACUCGCCUCUCGCAAUCGCCUCUGGUGCGUCUUCUGCGACACCGACAUUGACGAGCUAGAUAGCUCCUUCGCUUGUAAUGCAAUUAAUCACCUUGCAAGUGCGGAACAUCUGAAGAAUUUGAAGCAUUUUUUGUGGAAAUACGGUGGAGGAAUGGAUCGCCUUGAUACAUUUAGAAUAUCGGAAGAUGACCUUGCUAUGUGGGAGAAGAAGUGCAAAUCAUUGAAGAGUGAAGCUCUGCCCAGCGGGGAAAAAUCUCGAGGACCAACGUUUGGACCUUCAAAUGAUAUCCAUAAUGAACUGAAAUAUGGAAUUAUAGAUACUUUUGAAAAUAAUAGUAAUUCAAGUUUUUCAAAUGGAGUUAUGCCUUUACUAUAUCAUACAAAUGAGUAUCAGGUAUCCCAUUCAGGACCCCCUCAAGUUACAAAUGUUGGCUGCUUUCCUCAAGACGUGGCUACCUCUUCUUUACACGGGGAAACAUGUUCUGGUACAUAUUCCAUAAAUUCAAAAGGUUUAACCGGUAUGCAUGUUCUGUUUAUAUGAUAUUUGUAUCCAUUUGGUUUGUAUUUCAUAGAAGUUGCUCCC